GUUUCCCAACAUCCACUGCUCCAAGGAAUUCCUCCUCGCUUUCCAGACCAACAGAUCCGAGCGACCCAUACUUUCUCAGUUUGGUGGACAGUAACCUUACGCCAUCAACAUGUCUGACGACGAAGGAGCAGGAAGCGACUAUGAGCAGCGAGAGGAGUCACCCGCCCCAGAACCUGAAGCUGAGGAACAUCAUGCUGCGGAAGAGGAAGAGCGUCAGCCCACCCCACCACCACCCCCAAAGAAGGAAGAAGAAGCUCCAAAACCGAAACCACCAAAGCCACAACCGCCAGCAGAGACCGGCGGCAAGACCGAGGCUGAGAUCAUGAUGGAGGAGAAGAGGAGGAGGGACAAGGAAAAAAUGGAAGCUGAAAUCGAGGAGUACAAGGAACAAAGAGAGGAGGAGAUUGUCAAAAUGAACGCCGAAAUUAGUGAACUCACCGAGAAGAUCGCUAGGAGGAAAGUUGAGCGCGAGGAAGAGGAACGCCGCAUGGCUGAGGCAGCCAUGUUGGAACAGCAGAGACGCAAGGCUGAGGAUGAAGAACGCGCGAGGAAGAAGAGAGAAGCCGAGGAGAAGAAGAGGGCAGAACGUGAGGCGAAGCAAUUGGAAGCCGAGCAAAGCGCUUCUCAGAUGGGCAAGAGAGCUUUCGUCAUUACCAGAAAGAACAAGGAUGGAGAAGCAGUCCAGGAAGUCCACAGCAAGGACGAAGUGAAAUCAAAGGAACAGCUUGAGGCCGAAAAGAAGGCUAUUCUCGCGCAGAGGAUCACCCCCCUCGGAGACGUCAGCAACCUGGAUGAGGCAGCGCUGAAGGACAAGGCCAAAGAACUCCACACAGUUCUCUUCCGCCUCUUAAGCGACAACUAUGAUCUUGAGCAGCACUUCAAGCAGAGGCAGUACGAGAUGAUGGAGCUCGCUGACCGUGCCAGACAAAUGAACAAGGGAAAGAAGAAAUUCGCAGUCACACAGGACGCUUCUGGCCAGGACAAACCAGACCCAAUGGGCGAGAAAUACUCUGGAAUUCCACCAAAGAUCCAAUUGUGCAGCAAGUAUGAACGCCAUAAGGAUAGGAGGAACUACGUGGAGAGAAAAGAUGUUUUUAGUGGGCCUAUUUACGCAGAGGAGACACCCAGAAUACUACCGGGCGAAGGAGGCGCGAAACCAGAAGGCGCAGGAGAUGAUGAAGAGGCCGAGGAUUAGACGACUGGAACUGCCCAGGUCUUUUAGCUUUUACAAAACUUGCGAAAAUCGAUGUAGAUGUCUGUAAAUAUUAACUGUUUCUCUGGACAAUUCUGAAAACCUAUUCGUUUGACCGAUGUUUAGUGAUCUGGUCUCUUCCUAUCACCGCGUGGAGGCGCUAUUCGAGCAGACGAUAUCAAGCAAUCAACAACAAUCCUCCUCAGACUUUUCACGAUCCGUCUGUAUAUCUGCCUAGCUAGUGGUGAUAGGGCGGGCCUGAUGGAUUUCGCCAAGCGAGAAUCCAAAUCUUUUGGGUGACCAUGGCAACGAUCAAGGUCAUGACGAUACAUGACCUUGACAUUAUGAAGGUCACGACACCAAGACUUCCCGAGGAACAAUCAGUCAGUUAUUCAAACUUGGACUCGAACUCGGAUCUGAGGAAAGCAAAAUAUGUUGCAGUUACACUGGUCUAUCACGAUCAUGUACUUUCUCCACCACGUCCUGUGCAAUGCUGUAUAAUUUAUUAAUUUAUUCUAUUUAAUUUGAAACUAGUCUAUUAACGUUAAGGGUCUUUUCCCAACAGCACUUUGAAGCAGGCUGAGAUGGCUGUGGUAGAUUGUUCCACGACAAGGCAGGAACUGUUGUUCGGUCAUGUAAUAACAGAAACAUUGCAGUUCUUGUUACCGGAAAAUAACGAAUAAUUUAUUCACUAUUAAAACAUAUCUACAACAA